UAAUUACACUUCCACAAGAGCCAGACGAGGUGGUCGGUGUUCCCAUUUAUUCCGAGUUUCAAAAUUUCAGGACCAAGAAAACAAAUGAUAUUACGAAAAAGCCCCCAUAUACGUCUCCAAAUCCUCCAGAACUUGGUACUUUGAAGUGUGAAGUCUCCACACGAAAAAUUGAAAACCACCAAGGAGUAAGAGGAGGAGGAGAAUUAGCAUCAUCAAGAACGGUAGUAGAAGAAUUCGAGAGCACCAUUCCGAAAUUUUGAAAUUCGCCAUCGAUUUUCUGUGGCUCCGAGAUUGGUUUUCUUCAUUUUUUAAUAGUCGGAAUUUCGAAUGAUAUUGUUGAUCAAAGAACUAUAGUAACUUUAAAAGUAACAAAGGUUGAAGGAAUGAUUUGCUGAUAUGGUUUGAGUUUAGUUUUAGAUUGAAAGUGAGGCUUGAACUUUGGGUUGUGUUUUUUGAGCUUCUUUCACAAGAAAAUGAAUGUGGUAGGCAAAGUUGGAAGCUUGAUAACACAAGGUGUGUACUCAGUUGCUACCCCUUUUCACCCUUUUGGUGGUGCUGUUGAUGUGAUUGUUGUUCAGCAGCAAGAUGGGACCUUCCGGAGCACACCUUGGUAUGUUCGGUUUGGUAAGUUUCAGGGUGUUCUCAAAGGCGCCGAAAAGAUUGUUCGGAUAAAUGUUAAUGGUGAUGAAGCCAGCUUUCAUAUGUAUCUUGAUAAUUCUGGGGAGGCUUAUUUUGUGAAGGAGGUGGAUGAUGACAAAGGAAUCGACUCAAAUGCGGAUGCUGUAGGUUCUAAUAAUAAUAGUAACGGUUUUUUGCCUAAUGGCCAUAGACUUGAUCAUAGCAUCUCGGAUUCUGGGGUGCUUAAGUUGAAAAGAGAAAAUGGUGUCUCUGGAGCAAUUCAAAGGGCCGAAUCUGAAGGUGAUCGGAGAUUUUAUGAAUACCAAGAAGAUCAAUCAUCUCUCGCUGAUUCAGUUGACUUCUCAGAAUAUUCCAAUGCGUAUGAUAGUCUAGAGGGAGAGAAUUUUGUUGAUUCACAGGGUUCCCAUCCAGAGAUGGUCUUGGUUGUUGAUGGCCAUGUAUUGACGGCCCCUAUCUCAGAGUCGGAGCAGAAUGAGGAGAAUCUGCAGUUAAAAACCCCUCAAUUUCAUCUUGGCCCGGGUGAAGAGGCUGACAUAUGUGAAGGCAAUGAAGAGCUUAUUUCUGGUGAAAAUUCUUGGGCUGCUAAUUAUAUUGGUCAGCUGGAUGCUACAAAAGCUGAUGGCACGCCAAGAUGCGACGCUAAUGGUGAUGAUUCAAGAUGCGACACUAAUGGUGACGAUAUUACUUCUCAACUCCAGCCAGAAGUUUGUCAACAUGAUGAACAACAUAUUUCUCAUGCCCAGGAGCCCUCGGGUUUAAAAGAAGAUGAUCUUAAAAUGCAAGCUGAUUCAGAAAUGGUUGGAUCUGCUAUUGUGACACAGAAGGUUUCCAAAAGCUGUUUGGGGCCACUAAAUUUAUCUCGGCAAGGUGGAAAUGUCACUUUUCAAAUUUCACCAGAGGGAUCUAAUGCAUGUUUUCCAGCUGAUGAUCGAAUUAAACAAAAGAGCUUUAUACAACAUCAAGAAGAGUUAUCUACUGGUUCUACUUCAUCGAAUGGCCAUGGAUCACCAAAUUCAGUAUUGCAGCUUCCAGAGGUUGACAAUAAUGCAUCUGGAGAAGUUGAGAUUAGUUCUGGCCCUUGUUCUGUUGCUAUUGGUACUGAACAGAACAAUGGACACGAUUGCAUGUUGAGCUCUAAUGGUGGUGUAGAUGAGAGUCAACAAGCCCCUGCACUUGAAGAUAUUAGUGAUAAAAGUGAGGUAGUGGAACCCGAUAGAGACACUUCAGAUAAAGGGGACCAAAGUCAUUCGGGUUUGGGAUUUGAGAUCUCACUUUGUGGUCAUGAACUUAAGGUGGGUAUGGGUUUGGAAGCUGCUGCGGAAGUGUUUGAAGCACAUCGUGUUUCUGCAGAGGACUUUACAUGCUCUGCGCCAUCGAUAAUUAAGAAUCAAAAUCUUAUUAUCAAGUUUAAAGAGAGGUACUUGACAUGGGAAAAGGCUGCUCCUAUUGUUCUUGGAAUUGCUGCCUAUGGUUUAGAUUUACCUGUUGAGCCAAAAGAUACAAUUAAUGUGGAACAAGAUUACUCGCUGAAGUCUAAAGAUGAUGAGCCUGGGUCAUCGUCAUCUGGACGAAGAUGGAGACUGUGGCCAAUACCUUUUAGAAAGGUCAAGACUCUUGAGCACUCUACUAGCAAUGACUCGAAUGAAGACGUGUUUUUGGAUUCCGAGUCCACACUUGUAGAGCCUUCUGGUACCCAGGGAAUUUCUCGUAAGCAAUUUGUAAGGACAAAUGUUCCGACUAAUGAGCAGAUAGCAUCCUUGGAUCUUAAAGAUGGUCAAAAUUUGGUAACCUUCAGUUUCUCUACAAGGGUUCUCGGAACACAACAGGUUGAUGCUCACAUAUAUUUGUGGAAGUGGAACACAAGAAUUGUGAUUUCAGAUGUUGAUGGAACUAUUACCAAGUCUGAUGUUUUGGGGCAAUUCAUGCCCUUAGUUGGCAGAGAUUGGACACAAUCUGGAGUAGCAAGGCUUUUCUCUGCCAUUAAGGAAAAUGGAUACCAGCUACUAUUUCUGAGUGCCCGUGCGAUUGUACAAGCAUAUCUAACCCGGAACUUCUUGCUUAACAUAAAGCAGGAUGGGAAAACCCUACCAAAUGGACCUGUUGUUAUUUCACCAGAUGGUUUAUUUCCAUCACUUUUCCGAGAAGUGAUAAGAAGAGCACCACAUGAAUUCAAGAUAGCUUGUUUGGAGGACAUCAGAAGACUUUUCCCUCCAGACUAUAAUCCAUUCUAUGCCGGGUUUGGUAAUCGAGACACUGAUGAACUUAGUUACCUAAAGAUUGGAAUUCCCAAAGGCAAGAUAUUCAUUAUUAACCCCAAGGGUGAGGUGGCGAUUAGUCGUAUCAGUACAAAAUCGUAUACAUCGUUACACACACUUGUGAAUGACAUGUUUCCCCCUACUUCGCUUGUUGAACAGGAGGACUACAACUCAUGGAACUAUUGGAGAAUGCCAUUACCAGAUAUUGAUUAGUUCAAUGCUUGGAUAAGGAACCUUUGCUAUGGAACCACCCAAAAGAUGUUAACCAAAACAGCCAGCAUUCAUCCAAUGUGACCCAUUUCAUGUGCCAUAAUUGAUUGGAAAGUAAUAUCAAUCUCAUAAUGCAAAAUAUUGAUGGGCAUGAAAGUUUCUGCAGAACACUAAAUUGUGAUGAUCAUGCAAGAGCUUUCCUCCAUUUCUUUUCUUUAAAUGAUCAUGCAAGAGCUUUCCUCCAUUUCUUUUCUUUAAAUUUGAUUCCACAUUAUAUAUUGAUCAGCUUUCCUCCAUUUCUUUUCUUUAAAUUUGAUUCCACAUUAUAUAUUGAUCUGGAUUCAUUACAAUCCAGCCAUCAACAGAACUGUAGAACAGUUUGGCUCACAUGUUGUAUUGUACUAAACCUUGUAUAAUUUUGUCAUUCGGGAUGAUCAUUGAAUAAUGAUGGCAUGAGUGCUUGCUAAAUCAGAUAUAUUUAUGUCCA